UUUCUCCAGUAAUGUUGCUUGAAUUGCUACUAAUCAUCCUCUCAUUUCAGCUCUUUGGUGGUACGAGAAAAGAUUUUGCAUCUAAUGGUCGUGGAAACUUCCGAUCGGAAAUCAAUAUACUUCUUUGUGGUGACCCAAGUACGUCUAAGUCUCAACUUCUGCAGUAUGUGUAUAGCAUAUCUCCCCGAGGUCAAUAUACCUCCGGCAAAGGUAGUUCUGCAGUUGGUCUCACGGCUUAUGUCACAAAGGAUCCAGAAACUGGGCAAAUUUCUCUACAAACCGGGGCUUUAGUGCUUGCUGAUAACGGAACUUGUUGCAUUGAUGAGUUCGACAAGAUGGCCGAUUCGACACGUUCAGUACUUCAUGAAGUAAUGGAGCAGCAGACUCUGAGUAUUGCUAAGGCAGGAAUCCUCUGUCAACUUAAUGCUAGAACAGCUAUUCUAGCCGCUGCCAACCCUGUUGGUUCUAAGUGGGACCCCUCAAAAACCAUCAUUGAUAAUAUUCAGCUGCCUCAUACCCUGCUGUCUCGUUUCGACUUAAUUUUUUUGAUACUCGAUCCACAAGACGAGGUGUAUGAUGCUCGUUUGGCACGGCAUUUGGUUGGUCUCUACUACAAGGGCACAGGUGGUACUGCAAUCUUGUCAACACCCAUGGAUUUGGACAUAGAUGAUCCAGUUUAUCAUGCUAUGCUGAGAGAUUAUGUUGCCUAUGCUAAGGCGAUGUAUCAUCCAAAGUUAAGCGAGGAAGCCAGCGAAUUCCUUGUUCGUGAAUACGUGGAAAUGCGCAAAAUUGGAGCCAACCGUGGACAGAUUUCGGCUUAUCCGCGUCAACUCGAGUCUCUUAUUCGUUUGGCUGAAGCCCACGCUAAAAUGCGUCUGUCGAAUGUGGUCACUGCGGACGACUGCCGUGAAGCUAGGCGUUUGCAGCGUGAGGCCAUAAAGCAGACUGCUAUUGAUCCAGUCACUGGAACUAUCGAUAUCAAUAUUCUCACAACAGGCGUAAGCAGUAGUAUGCGUAAGCGUCGUGAGGAGAUGGCAAAUGCAAUUUGGUCAAUUCUGGAGCAGCGUCCACGCGUCAUCACCUUCGCUUACUCUCGCGUGUUGGAGCAACUGCGUGCCACAUCGGAGCGUAUGGUUACUGUGGAGACUUUCGAGGAUGGACUAAAUGUUCUGCGAAAUGCCAACAAGGUGGAAUGGGCUGGCAACACCAUUCGCAAGCGCUGA